AUGACCGCAAGUACUCAAUCUAAGUCAGAAGAAAAAGGUGCUUGUUUAGAAGUUUUGGCUAUAGAAUUGAGAUCUGCCUUGCAUCAAUACCCAAAUUUUCCCUCUAAAGGUAUUUUAUUUGAAGAUUUUUUACCAAUUUUCAGAUCUCCACAAUUAUUUCAAAAGCUAAUCGAUGCCUUCAUUUUACAUUUCAAAGAAAAAUUCCCAAAUACUAAGAUAGAUUAUAUAGUGGGUUUAGAAGCUCGUGGAUUUUUAUUUGGCCCUUCUGUUUCUUUGGCAUUGAACUGUGGAUUUAUACCUAUCAGGAAACAAGGUAAAUUACCUGGUGAAGUUGUUCAAGCCACGUAUAUCAAGGAAUAUGGUCGUGAUAUUUUUGAAAUGCAGGCGGAAUCCAUGCCUGCAGGUUGCAACAUUAUUAUUAUGGACGAUAUUAUUGCCACUGGUGGUUCUGCUUUAGCUGCUGGUGAGUUGUGCAAGAAAUUAAAUGCUAAUAUUUUAGAAUUUGCAUUUAUUAUGGAGUUAGAUUUCUUAAAAGGUAGAGAAAAAUUGCAAGCUCCUGUUUUUACGUUAUUAAGUUCCCAAAAGGAAGCAUUGAAAUAA